CAACGAGCUGGAAGAUGCUGGUGUGCAAAAGAUCAUUACUGCGCUUCCAACAAUGAUGAGUCUGAAGAAAAUUGAUUUAGGCAGGAAUAAUAUCACCGACCGAGGUAUUCUCAUCAUAACCAAAGCCAUGAACAUUUGUUCCAGUAUUGUGGAUAUCAACAUCAGGGAUUAUGGGAAUACUGCAACUAUCAACUUUUCCUCUGGUUUCAACAAGUCCGACCUUCACAGGUUGUCUGUCUCCCCUUCCAGUCCCCCAGAGAACAAAGCUGAUGAGAGAGCAUUCCUGAGACUCAGCCUCGUAAACUGCAUGUUAACAUUUGCGUGCAUGCAUAAGCUGGGAUUGAUCCUGUUGUCCUAUCCUCGCCUGGCGGAACUGGACUUGUCCGGCAAUGAGCUGAAAGAUCGUGGCUUCAGAGUGUUCCUCAAGAUCCUCCCAAAUCUCUCGAUUUCCAAAUUUAUUAAUCUCAGCAACAAUGGCAUAUCUGAAACUGCAGCCCUGCAUUUAUUGCGGUCCAUCAAGCUUUGCCCCAGGAUAGCCGAGGUGCGGGUCAGCCUCAAAAACUUUCAGACCGUCUUUAUAAACUUUGCAGAAGAUCAUGAGGGCACUGAUGACAGAGAUGGACGAAGCAGUGCUGGAAAUCCAAAGGCCAGACCCUGCUGCUUAACCACACUCAGCCUGACCAACUGCUACUUUCAGCUCAAACAGUUGGAAGAAUUGGUUUGUGCACUGGAUCACUGCCGUGCUCUGAGGGAACUUGACUUAUCUAAUAACUCGCUCGGAGACAAAGGCAUCAAAAAGUUGGUUGAUCUCCUUCCGAACCUGCACGUGUCAAGCCUGAUAAAUAUCAGCAACAACUCCAUCACGCUAGGCGGGGUCCUGUACCUGAUUAAAUACAUGAAGAAGAGCGAAGACGUUGUUGAGAUUGCAAUGAGUUUGAAGAAGAAUGGAAGAGGAUUACUCAAGUUCCACAGGAGCUGCAGGGAACGAGAAUCUGGCGGAUCAUCAGACCUUCUGUCUAGAGAAGCAAAAAUUGGGAAUCUGGAUUCACCAAUGCCGAAGAAAAUCAGCCUUGAAGAGUGUAAGAUGGACGAUCAGAACAUGGAGAAUCUCUGCACAGUCAUCAACGGGUGUCGUGGACUUACAGAACUCGAUUUGUCCAACAAUGGCUUGAAUGAUGAAGUUCUUACAAAACUACUGAACUAUCUGCCGGACCUACAGGACUUGAAGAUUCUGAGUUUUAGUGAGAGGCACAUUUCAUCAGACACUGUGCUGCUGCUGGCCAGCUCUCUGAAUAUCUGUGAGGAGGUUGUGGAAGUGGAAGUGAGAUCCAGCAGGAAAGCGUUGAUCAGGCUUUCGAAGAGAGGAGACAGUUACAGUGAUGGUGCAUUUUAUUUCCCACACACCAUUCCCGAAGAACUGAGCCCAACGUUCUCCCCUCAUCCCAGAUUUCAAGAAAACGGGAAGAAGCUGAGCGUUCCUCAACCCCGGUUUCUCAGCGUGAAGGACUGUGAGCUUGAUAAGAGCAAUGUGAGGGAUCUGCUCCUGAUCCUCGCUGAGUGUAAAGACUUGUGCAGAGUGGACCUGUCCUGCAAUUCCCUGGGGGAUGAGGGACUGCGGUGUCUGCGCGACUUCAUACCCAAACUGAACAUUUUAAAACUCCUCGACAUUAGUAGGAAUGAAAUCUCUCCCACUGGCGUGCUGUACCUCGUGGAGUCUCUCAACACCUGCCGAAGUGUUGCGGAGGUUGAGGUCAGCCUGGCUUCCAAUGGCAAGUUUCUGAUAAAGUUUGAGAAGAGACACGAAAAGAGGACUUGCAGAGACGGAUCGGAGUAUAAAGCUGCCCAGCCAACAUCCAACUGGGAAAAGGAGGGGCCUGACAGAGACGUGUGUAGAAGGAUCAGCUUGAGGGACUGCAGUUUUAAAGAGGAACAUCUGACGAAGCUCUCCUCCAUUGUGGAAUGUUGCAGCCACUUAACGGAACUGGACCUCUCCUGUAACAAGCUGGGGGACCGUGGCCUGAGCAGGCUGGUGGAGGUGGUAGCUGGACUCAAAGACCUGAAGGAACUUGACUUACAGAAGAAUGGGAUUUCCCUCUGUGCGAUGGCCCAUCUCUUUGAAACACUGAAAUGCUCCCAGAGCCCAUUAACCCUCCGGCUUGAGGAGCAGUGGAUCCAGGCUUCAGCUGCCGUCAAUCUUGCAGUGAGCUGCGUGCAAAACCAUCCCAAUAUUGCUGCUAUCAGGAUAAAGAACACCAGUGUUUUGGUACAACUGGCAACCAACAAUCACCAACUAGCUGGGAACUUCUGGUCUGAUAACUCCAGCUCGCUAAUGGACUCUGCACACAGUGUUCCUCCUCUGCGCCUGAUCGGACUCCGCCAAUGCGCCAUUCAAGCUCCCCAGCUUCUUGAGCUCCUGCCUGUUAUUAGAAUGUACCCACAUCUAUCGGAGAUCGAUUUAUCCCACAACGACAUCGGUGACCGAGGAGCGGAGGAGCUGGGCAAGAUUCUGCAGGAUGUCCAUGGUCUCCGCAAACUCAGCCUUGAAUCCAUCGGGACCAGCCCAGCAGGAGCGAGGAUGUUAGCAAUGGGACUCGGUCGAUGCCUUGACAUUGAGGAGCUGAAUUUGUCACAAAAUGAGCUGGGAGAAGCAGGAGCCUCCGAAAUGGGGAAGGUCUUGUCACAGAUGGAACGCUUAAAGAAGAUCAACCUCUGCAGGAGAAGGACCGCAUCUGGUAGUUCGGUCGGUGGGCAGCUGUUGGCGAAAGGACUGAGCAACUGCAUCAAACUGGAAGAGAUUAACCUGGAUUCUCUGGAGCUCGGGGACAGUGGUGUGCAGCUGUUGGCGAUGGGACUUUUGACGAUGCCCCAUUUAAAGAAAUUAAAUCUGAGGUCCAACUCUAUCAGCAGCAGAGGGGCGGCUCAGCUCGCUGACUGUCUGAGAGGCAGCACGGAGAUUGAAGACAUUGAUUUGUGUGACAAUUACAUCGAGGAUCUGGGAGCAAAUAAACUGGCUGACGUCCUGCCCAAUAUGAAACAUUUGAAGAAACUGAACCUGACUCGGAACAAUAUCACAGCAGCUGGUGGCUCCAAGGUGGUGGAAGCUCUUGGACAAUGUCCUUCAGUGCAGGAGAUCCACCUAUCCUCAAACAAGACCGGAGAUCAAACUGCGACAAGAUUGGCUCAGACACUGCCAAAGCUGCCUUGCAUGAAGAUCCUGAACCUUCAGUCCAAUGACAUUGGUGUUGAUGGUGGAGUACAGCUGGCUCGAGGGCUGUUCGUGUGCACGACCAUCGAAGAGAUCAGUCUUCCGGAAAAUAAAAUCGGGAACAAGGGAGUGCUGGAACUUGCUGUGGCCCUGAAGGAACUGAAGUUGUUGAAGAAGCUGGACCUGCGGCUGAACGGUGUGAACGACUGUGUGGUGGAGGAGCUGGCAGCCGGCCUGAGCCACUGUCCUCGCGUCCAGGAAAUUGUAUUGUCCUGGAACGGUAUCAGUGACUGGGGUGCGGUGAAACUGGCUGAAGUGCUGCCGAGAAUGCCAGGAUUGAAAAAACUAGAUUUGGAAGGGAAUAAAAUCACGGCAGUGGGGGCAGAGAGGCUGGUGGAGAGUCUCGGCCAGUGCCCUUUUAUUGAAGUCAUUCGGUUGUGGAAGAACAAUACAUCAAGAGACCAGGAGCAAAGUCUCCAGGAACAAGAGCCCAGAUUAAAUUUCAGCAGCACUCCAUAACCUGGCGGAAGCAUCUCUAUCAGCUUUUCAUACAAUACGCUACAUUUGUAUAGCGCUUUCCAUGUCGUGAGGACGUCGCAAGGUGCUGGACA